AUGAGAAAAACAUUGGAAAGCUCCGUGGAAUUUAUAUGUCAUAUUGUGGACAUAACCAGGAAACAGGCAAAACAUGGAGCUAUUUCUCCCAUUCCAACUGAGGUAAGAAUAUUAAGUGCCAUGGAGACAAUAUGUUUCGCCGCCAUCUUACUUAUGUUUACAUCGCCUCAAACGGAAUCUCUCUCCAUCAAAAGACGCUCACCGAGGAGUUCCGAUGAUCUUACGGCCGCCUUAGCUGUCCUACGUCGCCAUAAAAGACAGACAUCCGACAUAGGCUAUCUACGCAACUAUUUACUAGAUAAUCAAGACAGAAUUCCAGAGUCUUAUUUAAACGUGUUAAAUGACAACUAUGGCCUUAAUUUAGAGAAGUACUACCCCGAACAGCCUAUUUCAGAGAAUGUUUUAGACAGAGAGAUGCUUCAAGAUGCAUAUAAGAGCACACUGAAGGAUGUUAGACCAUUUGUUACCGAUGAAGUAGAUGAAAGAAAUUUCAAAGGAUCUCGAACCGUCCCCUCGCGAGCUGAGCUGGCGGAGAUAUUUGGAGAUUUCAAUAAGAAAGUCCCAGAAAGAACUCACAAGCGACAGAUAUACACGAACCGUCCCACUUCUGAGUACAAAACACGCGAAACUGGUUUAGGACACUCACCAAAAAGUUAUAAGCAGAAAGUAUCGCAGUCAGAUUUGAAAGAAAUGUUUGAAAAGAGUUCAGAAAAAGACAACAGUGAUGAAAAAUCAGCAGAAAAAGAGCGAACCCCGGUCAGCACAGAAGAACUGAAAAAUGUUUUUGGAGAUGAGAGUAAAGAUAAAGACGAUCAGUCGAAAGCUGUAGUUUCUUCUGAAAAGCCCUCGCCAGUACCAGCAAAAGACAGCAAAGCCGAAAGGAGUGUACCGACAGAGGGCGAACGGUUUCAAGAACUCACACACUAUGAAAACAUGGCCAAUGUGAAGGAGAAAAAGAAGAAACGAGUGGAAAAACGUGAUUACGAUUCUGAGAUUGAAUUAUCCCAAACUGUUCUCGAUUUAACAAGAACUGUUGCAGCACUGCGAGACGAAGUGACACGUCUUAAAGUUGCAGAAGCUUUAGAAGAUAAGGAAAAUGAUCUCCUGGCAUCUGCCCUUAAACAGGCAACACUUGGUCAGUUACAGGGCACGGAGGGGAACUUGAAGAAGGAGUAUCUAGACAUUCAAAACGCGAUAAGAGUAGAAGAGCAGUUACAAGCGGUUAGAACACCUCAGGAUGAAGAAAUGGAGGAACCAGACAUGGAAGGGGAAGAAGAGAUUGUAGCAGAAAAUAUUCCCUUUGUUGAUAAAAGACAAGGAAAUUUGGCAGGAAUGGUGGCAAACGAUGAUGCAAAUAACGAUCAGUGGUACGAGAAUCCGGUGGAUGAAAAUGUUGGAGGAGAUGAAGAUGACGCAGACAAAACAUUGAGAGAGUUUGCAGCAAAAGCUCUCAUUUACAAACAACAACUCAAAAAGAAUGAAAAUGAAAAAGCCAUUGAAGAACUUGUGUCCAACCUGAGCCCAGAAGAAAGACGAGAACUGGCGGAAGGAUAUCUUAAUCAGGGUCCCUUUGAUGUACCAUCUAAUGAAAAUAAUUGUCCUGGUGUUAAUUAUCUGACUUCCCAGUGUUCUGUUGCCAAAAUGGCUGGUCUGAAAAUAGACGAAGAUGCAAACAAUCUGUGCAAUAGACACGAAAUCUGUUACACAUGCGGACAAACUUUAUCCUUCAGUCAAUCAACAUGUGACGCUGGUUUCCGUGGUGACGUCAUAGAAAUGUGUGGAAAGGACACAGAAUGUAUUGAAAAUGGCGCUAAAUUUCUAUGGUUUUUAAAAUCAGAACAUACCUAUAAUUAUGGUUACUUGAACAAAUGUGACUCUGGUUGUGUGAAAGAUUUCAUUAAAGGACUAUAAAUUUUAUUUUCCAAAAAAAUCAUUGGUUUUAUAGACUAAUUACAAUUAAAAAUACAGUAACUCUUUUGCAAAUAAGAUAGUCGUUCGCAUUUUGGAGUGAUUUUCAGAAAGUUUUAUUAUAACAUUUGUGUCAGUGAAAGCAUCUUUUGUUUUAAAUUUUUUCUCACUUUUUAUGGACAUUGUUUUUUAUUUAUUAAUAUAAUUUAGGAGUUAAGCAAUAUUUAUACUUACUGUACAAGCUGGAUUCUAAAGGAAGAAUAUCCUAGUUACAAAUAGUGGAAAUUAAACAUACAUGUAUAUACCUCGUAAACCAUGUAUAAUGUCACAGAACUUAACUUUAUGUUUGUUUAUAUAACAGUGUAAUGUAAGUACAUAAAGACGAUACAUGGUGGUUUAGAUAUUUCAAAUUUAUCUAUUUUUUGUGGAAAACUACUUUUGAACGACAGGCCUAAGGGAUGAGAUUUAAAAGUGGUACUGAAAUCAAUAGAUCCAGGUCUUUGAUAGCGACAUACAUGAACACAAUCAAAUACUAUUUUGCUGGUUGUAAUAAACUGAGUGUGCAAGAGUUUUGCAGAAAAAUCUUAAGUUUCUAUGUUUUGAAAAAUGCAUUAUUCUAACCAAUAGAAUUUUGAGAUUUUGUCAAUAAAGGAGCUUUAAGAAUAUAA